GAAAUUUGUGUCAUUCAAAGAAAUCGAUCUUCACAUGUUCUUGCGAUUUGGCAAAUUAAGCUUUAUAUAGCAAAGCACUUUUCUACUGUUCGUGUACAAUCAAUUCUCUUUAGCGAUGUAUCAAGGAUCUCGAGUCACUCGAUAAAAAUGACUCAACCAAGCGCAGCCUGUUGCAAAGGUACUCCAAUAUCGUUACAUGGGCCAGAAUACAAACUCUCCGGCGAGUUUAUUGACAUUGGCGGGACAAAAUAUUACGUCACUGGACCCGAGAACGCCACAUCAGCCAUUGUCUUAGUCUAUGACAUCUUCGGUUUUUGGACCCAGACGCUCCUAGGCGCUGAAAUUCUCGCUGCCACAAAGAUUUCAUCAUCUCCUCAAGGUAUAAAGGUAUUUGUGCCUGAUUUCUUUGGGCCGGGCAAUGAAGCAGAUAUCGCUUAUUGGCCUGCGGAUACAGGUGAGAAAUGGGAUUAUAUCUUCAAGAUAUUUGAGAACCAAGCGGAAAAGGAAAAGAACCUUAAAAGACUCGGGGAGUUUAUGAAUGUGUUAAAGGAAAGAGAUGAAGUAAAGAAUGUGAAGAGUUGGGGGAUUGCUGGAUACUGUUGGGGUGCAAAGAUAGUGACAAUGGCUUCACAAGAAGGAACUAUCUUCAAGGCAGGAGCUCAAACACAUCCAUCUUUGGUAGACCCGGAAGAUGCCAAAUUGGUAACGAUUCCACAAAUUGUUCUACUUAGUAAGGAUGAGAAUAAAGAGCAAUGCAAAACAUAUGAGAACAAUGUGAAGGUCGAAAAGUACUUUGAGGCUUUCGAUGAUCAAGUGCACGGCUGGAUGUCUUCAAUGGGUGAUUUGGAAAAUCCAAGGACUCGUGAAGAAUACUAUCGUGGAUAUAAAUUGUGGAGUGAAUUUUUUGCCAAGUAUCUAUGAGAUAUUGGGCAAGUCUAUUAAAAGGAAAUAGAUCAAGGAUUCUCUUGAACAAUAACAGAACAGAAUCAGUACUGAUAUGUGUCUAAUUCUCUCUGGAAUAAGAUAGAUGUUGGAGUUUCGAGAAGAUUGUCGUCCGAAAUUUCCACGUGAUAUGGUUGACUUGAAACUAGCUUCCCCACAGAUUCCCCGCACUCGUCAUGAAGCUAAUCGACACAUGACAUUUGGUCUUUCA